GUGGGUCUGCGGGCUAAGGGAGAAGAUGGCGGCGCUGGGGGAGCCUGUGCGGCUGGAGAGGGAUAUUUGUAGAGCAAUUGAAUUGUUGGAAAAACUGCAAAGGAGUGGAGAGGUACCACCACAGAAACUUCAGGCUUUGCAAAGAGUCCUUCAAAGUGAGUUCUGCAAUGCUGUGAGAGAGGUAUAUGAACACGUCUAUGAGACUGUGGACAUCAGUAGCAGUCCUGAAGUGAGAGCUAAUGCAACUGCAAAGGCUACUGUUGCUGCAUUUGCUGCCAGCGAAGGACAUUCUCAUCCUCGAGUUGUUGAGCUACCAAAAACAGAAGAAGGCCUUGGAUUCAAUAUUAUGGGGGGAAAAGAACAAAACUCUCCAAUCUAUAUAUCUCGAAUAAUUCCAGGUGGAAUUGCUGAUAGACAUGGGGGACUCAAACGAGGAGAUCAACUCCUUUCUGUUAAUGGAGUGAGUGUGGAAGGAGAACAUCAUGAAAAAGCUGUAGAACUGCUAAAAGCCGCUCAAGGAAAGGUUAAAUUAGUUGUUCGAUAUACACCCAAAGUCUUGGAAGAAAUGGAGUCACGCUUUGAAAAAAUGAGAUCAGCAAAACGCAGGCAACAGACCUAAUACAGUUCAAAACUUGAUAUUCCAUUUUGCUUUUUAGCUAGAGAAGUUUUACUUGUGACCUACUGAUGGCCGCAAUGCUAAUGAUUGUAAAAAACAGAAACUUCCCAUGAAAUUCUCCUUACCAUUUUAUAAAUGCCUAUUUUAACAUCAUUUGUGGUUCCAGAGAUGCAUACACUUUUUUCUGACAAGAAAAAGUAAAAGGUGAUGAGGGCAAUUCUGUCCUGCUGUUUUUACAGGCCUUUUUCAAAUACAGAUUUUGUCAUAAACUUGUUAUAGAUUUUUUAAGAUGCUUUUUUAAUAUUAAAAUGUACUUUUACAUUCUUAAUCUUUUUUUAGGAAAAAAAGUUUUCUUCAUUUGGCUGCUUAUUUAAAAGUAACAGUUCUCCAGUUUUGUUUUGUUUUGUUUUGUUUUUUUGGCUUAAUCAAUUUUUUUUAACCUUUAACAUAACAGUCUCACAGCAGUUCAUUACAUUGUCAAUGUUAACAUCACUGCUACAUUUUGUACUUUGAACACAUACAUAAUCAAUGGUAAAUCAUAAUUCAGCACAGUGGAAGUUUUUUACUUUUAAACAUAAUGUUUAAUGGAUAUUCAUUUAUACUGAUUUAUAAAAGUAAGUUUUUAAACACUGAAACAAUCAUUGCUAAAAUACAUAUUAAUAUUUGAGCAUUGAGGCAAGAGGACGUAAUUUGAUUGUUAGCAUUACAUCCCUUUCUAUUUAUAUUCAGUAUAUCAUAAAUUAUAUAUAUAAAACAGGGUCAGAUUUCAUCUUUUGAAAAUUAUUCAAUACUAUUCAUUUUUAUUUAAAUAUACAGUAUUUCUUAUAUUUUGGUCCUUCCAUUCUUAGAGAUGAACUAGUUAUUUGGUGGAAAAUAGAAAUAAGGAAGAAAAAGUAAUACCUUUAACCUCACUAGUCUCAAGAGUUACAUAUUCUUAACUAGCUCAAUUUAAAGAAUUAAUUUUAAAUAGGAAGAAAAGAUGUGUUUAAGAUAUAUAGAAAUUAUGAGGUGAAUAUCCAUAAGAAUCUGUAGAUUCUGUCAAAAUGAGUAAGAACUAAUGUUAAAAUGGUUGGAUUUAGAGACGCAGUCUUUAUGUUUCAAAUAAUGAUGGGAAUUUUGAGAGAUAACUUUACUUCAUUUGUCCACUGGAUGUCACUGUUUUACUAAAAGGCAGCUAUUAGUGUAUGACUGGGACUGAGGUCUUCCAAAAGGCUGAAAUUAGAGUUGAGGUUCAUUUUCAGUUACAACUUACAGGAACAUUUGAAUUUAAAAAAAAAUUUUAAGUGACAGAUACUAAAAAGAUAAUGGAUUGAAAUAUAUAAGAAAUUUGGAAUUAUUAUUGACUCUGUGUAAAAAAGUGGACAUUUUGUCAUAUUCCUUCAGGAAGAAUAGAAAUGUAUACUUUUUUCUGCAUGUUUGUGAGCAUUGUGAGUCUUAGAAGAUUAUUCCAGUUUUCAAUGAUUUUUCGGAAUAAAAGUCAAUCAGCAUAGUUAUUUAUCAUUUAGGUAUUGAACACUGGAUUGCAUGGUUGAAUGUGUCUUUAAUCCACUACAAAAUGUGCUUGUUAUUGAUAGGAUCAUGUUGUUAAAUUGUGUAUUUUCAAAAUCAAUUGAUGUUUUUAAAAUGUUGAGACCAAAGUAGUAUAGAAGAGGUAUGGACUUAUUUUAAUUUAAUUGUAUAAUUAUUAGAGGUAUUUGUUGUAGAGCUUUAUGUAUUAAAGAGAGUUAUUGGUGCAUAUACAAACAGUAAUAUUAUUGUUAUGCUAGUAUUCUUGCAUUACAGGGUAAGUAAACCCUAAAGAAAUCUUGUUUUAGUAUAGCUACAGCUGCAGUAGCUUUUAAGGACGUAUCAGCAUUUCAUUAUAAAUUAUAGCUUCCUGGUUUGGUGUCUCAGCUGUUUCAGAACUUUCAGCCAAAUUAAGUCUUUUUUGGUGUUGCAAUUUAGUAAGUUGAGUAAGCUAUUUUUUUUCUUUCUACACUAAUCCACAAUCUGUUCUUUGUGUGAGUUGGCACCUAUUUAUAAUUCUUAAAAUAAGGACAGUUUAAAGGAGACAACUACAGUAGUUUGCUUGCUACUGUUGAGCAUGAAUAGCAGUAGUUUGUUUUCAUUACUGCAGUUUUUAUAAUGUAUCCGAGAAUUUUAAAUCUUGAUCAUAAAAAUUCAGUCAUUCAGUGGCAAAGAUGUACAGUAGUGGUCAGUAUAGUGAGGAAAUGAAGGGAAUUUUCAUCUCAUGAAUGGAUGAUUCAUGAAUAAAAUUAGGCACACAGUAUAUAGUAGGUAUUUGACUUAUAAAUUACAAACAAUUUCCAUUUAUUUUCUUGGUAUUUCAAAAUGAGUUGACUUAGUGGUUCUCAGCCUUAGCUGUGUAUUGGAAUGCCCCAGAGAAGUUUAAAAAGUAUUGUUACCCGAGUCUCAUCCCAUAGCAACUAAAUCAGAAUCACUCACUUUUUUUUCAAAGCUUUCCAAGUAGUUCUAGUGGAUACCCAGGGGUGAGAACCACUACUUUUCUCCAUUAUAAAAUGAUCUGAUUACACUGGACUCUUUGGAAGUAUCAGAAUAGAAUAAUUCAAGUUAUAGGUGCUUAAUGAGUUAUUAUAUUUCUUAGUAAUUUCUUUAGGAAUAAAAGGUACUUGGCAUACCUUCUUUGGGAAAUAAUUACAAUCUACCUUUUUUUAAAAUAUAGCUACUGGUAGUUUAAAUGUAAACUUUUAAUGUCUGUCAUCUUUCUGCCCCCUUUGCCUUUAAAACUUACAAAAAAAUAAAUGUUAUUAUUUGAGAAAGCAUGCUUAAAAAUUGCAUAUGAGAAAUAUUGUCAUUGAUAAUUAUGUGCUAUCCUAAUGUGGCCACUUUAUCCAUUAGUAUAAUACUAGAUUAUAGCAGCCUGGUUCUUUGGGAUUUGAUGAAUGUGGUUUCGUUUUUUAAAAAAUCAUUGUCCUCCUCUUCUAAGUUUUUUUGCUGAAGUACUUAAGUAAUUUGGCCCAAGUACUUUGUUUACAAUUAAAGUGGAUAUUAUAGCAUUUAAUAGAAGAAAUGGUUAUGGCUUAUCUGAAAAGAAUGUCAGCAUGCCUUGCUGUAGACUUAAAAGAAUACAUGUUGUGCAUAUUUUAUAAUGUGGAAUGAUCAUUGAAAUAUCAAGGAGUCUAGUAAUUGCAUUUCCUGAAUAAAUGUAUGUUUAUGAAUUUUCUAACUUACAUUUUAUUGUCUCCUCUGCCCACAGUCUGGUUUUAUAGUUUUUAUAGUCUAAAAUUCACUAGUAGUGUUUCUUCAAAGGUUGUUGCAGUUAUGGUUAAAUAGUGGGAAAAAAACAAAUGACUUGCUUAAUCAUUAAUUUUCAAGAACUUUCAAACUAAUUUGUAUCUGGACAUGGUUUUUAAAAAUACUGGCAAAUGUUAUGCUUCUACUUUUUUAGUUUGUGAUAAAUAUAUCCAAAAUGGAUGUAAAAUAACACUUUUCAAUACAUGACUUCAUUUGUCAAUUCUGAUUUUAAGGCUUAUUUAAAUAAAUCUGAGCUGUGUCCUUGUUCUUUAGAUUUGAAAAAAAUUGCUAUAACUACACAAUAGAUAUGUUUCUUAAAGCUUUGUAUAAAGUAACUUCUACCUAAGGUGAAAGCAUAAUUCAUGGUGGCUGCUGAAAUGCAACUUUGAAUUUCUGUAUUUGCUUUGUCUUUCAUAAAAUUUAAAGAAAACA